AUGGCCUCGCUGUGGAUCGCUGCCAAAUCACUUCACUGGUGUUUUUCUCCGACUGUGUUCGCAGGGCUCGAAUGUCAGAGGCCCAAGCACCAGGACGGCAAGGACAAAGACCAUGAGGUGAUCUCCACGGGAACAGACAGUCCGGAGCUGUGCACGCCGGACACCACGCCGCCUGUAAUAACACCUGAUCUCAGCCCCGUGCUGAGCGUGCCCACCUCGCCCCCCCACAGCCCGCCCAAGCACGCCCAUCGCCCCAGAAAUGCCUGCUUCAUGCGCCAGAGCGCCGUGGACGAUCAGGGCGGCGCCGAGAUCCAGGUGCUGGUGGAGGGGAGGGGCAUGGAUCUGCCCAGGGGCGGGGCUAACAAUUGGACUGAUGACAUGUACCCGGAGCGCGGGGGCAGCAGCCGCUCCACCACGCCCUCCCUUCUGGAGGAGCAGGAGGGCCAAAUUAACGGCCACGAGCAGGCCCCUUUGUCCAACCACAGACCGCGGGAGAAAUCCUCAUCCAAUCACAAGUCGCGGGAGCACGCCUCCUCCUACAGAGCGUGGGAGCACUCCCUCUCCAACCAAAAGCCCUCCAAGCAAGCCUCUUCCAAUCACAAGUCGAGGGAGUACUCGUCCUCCAAUCACAAAACAUGGGAUCAUUCUUCCACCAAUCACAAGGCCUGCGAGCACGCCUCUUCCAACUACAAGCCGCAGGUGCACAUUUUAUCCAAUCACAAGGCCUUGGACCAUAACAUGUCCAAUCACAAGACUUCUGAGCAUGCUUCUUCCAAUCACAAGCCCCAAGAUUAUAUCCCCUCCAAUCACAAUGCAAAGGACCACGUCUCCUCUAGUUACCACCCCCGAGAGCAUGUCUACUCCAACCACCAUCCAAAGCAGCACAACCCCUCCAACCACAAGCUGAACGAGCAUGCUGUAAUCGACCAAAGGCUAGACGGCCUCACCGGGGGCUGGACUGCUGAGAGCACCCUUAGGUGGAGCCCCGCCCACUCGCGCCUCACGGAGCACGACGAGGAGCGGAUGAAUGACUAUACGGUGGACAUGAGGCUCACGGACUCGCAGUCGUCUCGGGGGCUGGGCCCGGAGUCCCCGGCCCCCAAGAACAACAGGCUGCGGUCACGAGGCCUCCGGCCGGUCAGAGAGGGAUCCAUGGACUCUGUACAGAUGCUGGACAACCUGAAUGUGGGGGCAGAGCUGGAGGAGUGGCCGCUGCACAGGGACCUCACCCUCUCCCCACCCCUCAAGUCUCAGCCCAUCACUCUGGAGCAGGACGGAGAGCAUCUCACCCUCAAAUCAAACUCAGUGAGUCAUCAGUCUCUUUACGCCGCAGACUGUACAUAUAGAUGGACGACCCGCCCCCACAUACCCCCGCUGUGCUGA